AUGGCGCGCCGAGCUGCCCAAGCUCCGCCCACUGACACUGCCAGCGGACAGCAGAAGCAAGGCGCGACACCAGUCGCGGAGCAGCGUCGUCAUGUUUCCGUAACGCCUCAGGUUAGACGGCUCAGCCCUGUGUUUCGAGGUGCUUGCGGACAGAUGCGUCAGAACAGAAGGACACCCGACAGCAGUCCGACCGGUGCGCGCGAUGGAAUGAAACACGAUGAUGACAUGGUCUCGUCCCGCGCAGCCUCGCAGGUCACGCAAACUAGGCGACAAGGCUCGUGA